AUGAUCGAGGGACAUCGAGAGUUGGACAAGUAUUUUUGGUUCGUCGCUUCCGAUUCAUGGGGCGUGAAAAGCUCGGUGGUGCAGGGGAUGGCGCAUCGGACGGCCGGGUCGCUAACUAUCGCCCCGCAUGUACGGAAUGUAACUGGCUUCAACGAGUACUUCCUCCGCGCCGGACCCUCUAACACGUUCCUGGAGGAAUAUUGGCGUCAUCUGAACUGCACCGAGUUCCCGUCCGUCCAGAACUUUGGCCAAUGCUUUGCCGCCAUCAACAUGACCUUCAAGCAGGAGGCUUUCGUCCCCUUUGUCGUGGAUGCGGUCAAGACUGUCGCACAUGCCAUCAAUACGUACAUUAAGGUCGCCUUCGAACCAGCCAUCAUCGACGAGAAGGGCGACGGAAUUGGACGCUAUGAUAUCUUUCAAGUCGACGAGUUCGGAGCGUACGUGAAGGUCGGCAAAUGGCGAUCAACCGAAGGGCUUCGCGUAGAGGUGGAGAAGAUCCGCACCGGCUUCCGCAGCGAUGUCCUCCCGAUCUCUGUCUGUUCCCAGGAUUGUGGCCGGGGUCAAUACCGCGUCUACCAAGAUCAGACAUGCUGUUGGGCAUGUGUCCCCUGCGAUCCGACCACGUCUAUUGUCAUCAAUGUCACGAUCUGUACGGAAUGUCCGCUUGGCCAGGUGCCAAAUCAGCAGCUAACAGCCUGCCGGCCCAUCCCACCAGUUUCUCUAAAAUGGGACUCGCUCUGGGCCAUUCUACCGGCUGCAUUCGGGGCUCUCGGGCUGACUGCGACGAUUUUUGUCGUUUCGGUGUUUUUGAAGUUCAGCAAUACACCUGUGAUUAUGGCCUCCGGAAGAGAGUUGUGCUACUGUAUGCUGACGGGAAUCGGUCUGUGCUAUAUCCUGACCUUCUUCCUCGUCUCCCAGCCGUCGGCGGCGGCAUGUGCCACUUCACGGGUGUUGAUCGGGCUUUCAAUGUCUGCCAUCUACGCCGCCAUCAUCACCAAGACGAAUCGAUUGACCAGGGUAUUUUCGCCCGCAUCGGCACAACGACCACGGUUCAUCACUCCAAAGGCACAGGUUGGCAUCUGCCUAUGCAUCGUCUCGGUGCAGCUGGUCGGCUCUCUGAUUUGGCUCAUAAUGGAUCCACCGGGGACGACAAUUAUUUAUCCAUCGCGGACGGAGGCUGUACUCACUUGCAAGGCAACCGCUACCCAUCUCCUGGUUUCCCUCGCCUACAACCUCCUCCUCAUCGUUGCGUGCACCAUCUACGCCUUCAAGGCUCGCAAAAUCCCGGAGAACUUCAACGAGACCCGCCUCAUCGGCUUCACCAUGUACAGCACCAGCAUUUUGUGGCUGUCCUUUGCGCCCAUCUACUUUGCGACGCAGAACAACUUUCGGAUUCAAAUCACGUCGCUUUGUAUGUGCAUAUCGAUGUCGGGCACCGUCGCGUUGGCCUGCUUUUUUGCGCCCAAGGUGUACAUCGUCCUCUUCCAACCCUACAAAAAUGUGCGCACACGGCAUUCGGCCGUCGGACGACUCGUCAACCAACAAAUGCGAUUUAUUAGCCAAAUGACGACGCACGUGCAGGAUGGGAAACCCGUACCCUCGAAUGCAUCAUCCAAAGCCCCAAUCACCCUCUCCACCUCGUAUCGGCCACCCGAUUGCCACCAUCCAACAGCCGACGAACUGCGAAAAGCCAACGGGGGUGAGCGGCGCUUCAGCAAGUCGGUGCGCGUCACCAAGGAGGGCAUGGAACGGUUGCGGCAGAGCAUGAGAUUUGGAAAAAAGAAGGAGCCAAAGCAGCCCGUCAAAGAAGAAAAGGACCCACUCCCAAACACGAAGGUUCCGCCAGCCAUGGCCGGGUCAAAGUCUUUCACAAGUCGCGCCGAGCUGCGCGGCCCCUCGCCCUUGACGCAGAAGCGGUCCCUACAGGAAUGCCGAGCGGGUCCGGCCCCUUCCGAAGACUCGGUGGGUGAACGAGUAACGUCAUCUCGUGAGAUCACCUCAUCCCCCUCAUCGCAGCUCGAGCUACUCCUCGAGGAAAUUGCAGCCAGCACCCAUUCCACAUUUUUG